GACCUCGUCUGCUGCUUCUUUAUCAGAGAACCUUAGGGGAUAUUUAUCGCGGGUUAUUGUUGUAUUUGCAUAUUAUCUAGAAGGACACACGAUCUAUGGCUUUGAAUCAGGAAUUGCAGCAGCUCUCCGGCUUGCUCGAGGCUUCCCUCAGUCCGGCGACUGCUAAGCAAGCCGAGCAAUCUCUUCGUUCCGUGGAGACUCAGCAGGGAUUUUCGAUUUCGCUUCUCAAACUCGUGGCAUCGGAUCAAUUCCCGGCUUCAGUCAGACUUGCAGGCUCGCUCUACUUCAAGAACUUCAUCCGACGGAAAUGGACUGACGAGGAAGGAAAUUAUCUGAUACCCAUCGCCGAUGUCGAGGCGGUCAAAACCGAAAUUGUGGGCCUUAUGAUUUCUCUACAGGGCCCAACUCAGAUCCAGCUCGGCGAGGCCAUCAGCAUAAUGGCAGACAGUGAUUUCCCCGACCGAUGGACUACAUUGAUUGAUGACCUUGUCUCUCGACUGACACCAACUGAUGUAUACACCAACAAUGGCGUUUUGCGAGUGGCUCACUCAAUUUUCAAGCGCUGGCGUCCCUUGUUCUCUUCCAACGAGCUUCUUCUAGAAAUCAAGCAUGUGCUGGAAAAGUUCUGCGUUCCCUUCAUGAGCCUCUUCCAGCAGACCGAUGUUCUGAUUACGCAAAACGAAGGAAAUAAGGAAGCCCUGAUUCCACUGUUUCAAAGUCUCCAGCUUAUCCUCAAGAUCUACUUUGAUCUCAAUUGCCAGGAUAUUCCGGAGUUCUUUGAGGAUAACAAGGAUGUCCUGAUGGCUCUAGUGCUCAAGUAUCUACAGUACAACAACCCUCUGCUCGUUACCGAUGAUGAGGACGAAACCGGACCUCUCGAAGAGGCCAAGUCGAUCAUUUGCGAGCUGUUGCAGCUGUACACCCAGCGCUACGAUGACGUCUUUGGAGAAAUGCUUCCACCCUUCGUCGAAACUACUUGGAAUCUCCUGACUACCAUCGGCCUCGAGCCGAAAUACGAUGUUCUAGUGAGCAAAGCAUUGGGUUUCCUUACGACAGUUACAAAGAAUCAGGACCGUGCCCAAGUGUUUGGAUCACAGCAGAUUCUUCAACAGGUGGUUGAGAAAAUCGUUUUGCCAAACAUGUCGUUGAGACAAAGCGACGAGGAAAUGUUUGAGGAUGACCCGAUCGAGUAUACCCGACGCGAUUUGGAGGGUUCCGACAGCGACACUCGUCGGCGUGCGGCUACGGAUUUCCUGCGCGAGCUGAAGGAGCGAUUCGAGGGACUUGUUACCGAAGUCGUCAUGUCUUAUGUUCAGCACUAUCUGCAGACUUACAACUCAGACAAGUCUGAAUGGAGGGCAAAAGAUACUGCCGUUUAUCUCUUUUCUUCUGUGGCAGUAAAAGGAACAGUGACCGCCUCGGGUGCGUCUGCGACUAACAUGCUGCUUGACGUUGUUGGUUUCUUUUCGCAAAACAUUGCACCUGAUUUGGUUGCCAGUGAUACCCACGCGAUUUUGAAAGUCGAUGCCAUCAAGUUUAUCCAUACAUUCCGAAACCAGCUGACCAAAGCGCAACUGACGGAGGCGUUCCCGGUUCUGUCGAGCAUGUUUUUGGCACAGGAUUAUGUGGUAUAUACAUACGCUGCGAUCACGAUUGAGCGAAUUUUGUCAAUCAAGCAGUCUGGACAAAACAAUGUUCUUCUGUUUGAUAAAGACGAUGUUGCACCAGUUGCUGAGCAGCUUUUGACCAACCUUUUCAGGCUGAUUGAGAAGGGCCAGACCCCCGAAAAGUUGGCGGAGAAUGAGUUUUUGAUGAUGUGUUUGAUGAGAGUGGUAUUGACGGCAAGAGAGUCAAUUGCUCCUUAUUCGGAGAUGAUCAUGCAGCAUCUUGUCGGAAUAAUCACCGAGACAAGCAAAAACCCUUCGAAUCCAAAGUUUACACAUUACAUGUUUGAGACGGUUGGAGCAGUGCUUCGCUAUGCGGCUCCGACUAAGCCCCCGGGAACAUUCGACUCUGUUCUGUUGCCGGUGUUUAUGGGAAUUUUGGGUCAGGACGUUACAGAAUUCAUGCAGUAUGUGUUCCAGCUGUUGUCCCAGCUGCUCGAUGUGGCUCCGACCAAUGCACCUUUCCCGGAUGGAAUCGCGCCACUUGUUCGCCCAAUUUUGUCACCGUCGCUAUGGGAGACCAAGGGAAACGUUCCGGCGCUCACACACCUGCUGAUUUCUAUUCUUGCCCGAAAUCCCGAGCUGUUCGUGCAACAGAGCUUGAUCGAGCCACUUCUUGGAGUUUUCCAGAAGUUGAUUGCUGCUAAAGCCAAUGAUCAUUAUGGAUUUGAGCUUCUCGAGAGUAUCCUAUAUAAUAUCCCGGUCUCUAACCUGCGAACGUACUUGCGCCAGAUUGCAUUAUUGAUCUUGCAGAGACUACAUUCGUCUCGAACAGAGAAGCUGGUUGUUCGUGUUUCUCAUCUAGUUUACUUCCUAUCGGCUACUACCAACCCCGCAAAGGAGCUAGGCCCCGAUUUUGCAGUCAGUCUAUUAGACGAGGCGCAGCCAGGAAUUUUCAGUGACAUCUUUGAUGCGUUUGUGGUGCCGGCGACGCCAAAAUUGCAUUCGGCGGUCGAUAAGAAGAUUGCGGUAGUCGGUCUCACGAGAAUCUUAUUCGAGUCUGCCAAGUUCAACUCACAAUAUGGAGCAAAGUGGGCACGAGGUGCGGAGAUGCUUACCACUACGCUGCUCUCGGGAAGUUUGGUUGGCGUGUUUGACGGGCCAGUGAUUACUGAGGCUACGAUCGACCCGGUUGGAGAUGAAGAGGUUUCUUUCGGAAGUUCAUUCGCGCGACUUGCGACUGUUGCGGUGAAAGUAGUCGACCCUGCUCCGGAUGUGUCUGAUGCGAAGAAAUAUGCCGCCGCAGCUGUUCAGCGCGCGACCUCAGGUGGUGGAAGUGUAGCCCAGCCGAACUUGGGCAGCGUCACUCAGGAAGUGGGACAGUCUCUUACGCGGUUAGCGGGGAUGGCAUGAGUAUAGAUGGCGAUAGACCGCAGGAGAGAACGAUUAGCAUAAGAAUGAAGUCGAAAAGCGCGUGAACGAGAUAUUCUGUGAUGUAUGACGUUACGAUAUAGCUUCUAAGAGGAAUAUGAAUUGCAUUUACCUUAUAUUAA